AUGGCGUCCGUCAACAUCUCAAACAUUUACUCCAAUGUGUUUAUCCUGCAAGGGAUCCCAGGCCUUGAGUCUUAUCAUGUCUGGAUAGCAAUCCUUCUCUUUGUCAUGUACGUUCUCGCGAUAUUGGGCAACCCCCUGAUGCUGCUCCUUAUUUUGAUGGAGCCACAACUCCACAAUCCCAUGUAUUAUUUCCUCAGUACUUUGUUCCUCACGGAUAUAAUUUUGUCAAACUCCAUUGUUCACAAGAUGUUCUGCAUCUUCUGGCUCAAUGACAAGGAGAUCACCUUUGUCUCCUGCUUUAUUCAGAUGUUUUUCAUCCAUUGCUUUUCCUCGAUUGAGUCAGGAAUCCUCCUGGCCAUGGCCUUCGAUAGAUACAUGGCUAUCUGUAACCCUCUGCAUUACAGAAGUGCAUUAACCAACACAUUAAUAGUGAAAAUAGUAGUGGCUCUGGUGAUAAGAAGCACUGUCAUAGUGAUACCAUGUUCAUGGAUGGCCAGUAGACUACCAUACUGCCAAAGCCACCAUAUCCCUCACUCCUACUGUGAUCACAUGGCGGUUGUGAAGUUAGCCUGUACGGACAUCACCAUCAACAGUGUCUAUGGCUUGACUGUGGUCUUAAUAAUUAUUGUGUUUGACAUUUCGUGUAUUGCCGUGUCCUAUGUCUUGAUAUUGAGGGCAGUUUUAAGACUUUCUACCAAGAAUGCCAAGAAGAAAGCCUUUGGAACGUGUACGUCCCACAUUACUAUCAUCGUCAUGCUCUACACCCUGGGACUGUUCUCCAUCCUAACUUAUAGGGUAGGUCAUAUAACUCCAUACCUCCAUGUGACCAUUUCAAACCUCUACCUGCUCAUCCCGCCAACUCUAAAUCCCAUCAUCUAUGGUGUAAGGACCCAGGAGAUCCGCACCGCAGCUCUACAUUUCUUUACACAUAUUGCAUAG